AUGGCCGCCGCACUCCUAUUAGGCGCGGUCGAUGUGGAGAAAGCGGCUCAUGUUCCGGCGAUGUUCGUGUUCGGAGACUCUUUAACUGAUCCGGGAAACAAUAACAAUCUGGUGACCCUCGCGAAAGCCAAUUAUUAUCCAAAUGGUAUUGAUUUCCCCUACGCAGCUACAGGAAGGUACUGCAAUGGUGGAACGAUGGCUGAUCAUUUAGGUGCUCUUCUUGGGCUACCGCUAAUUCCUCCCUUCACUAACCCCGGCACAACUGGUUCUAACAUUCUAAAAGGAGUAAAUUUCGCAUCAGCUGCUUCUGACAAGUCCAAAACGCAUACUCCAAGUGCUUAUGCUCAGCUACUUGUUCAAGAGUACACCAGGCAAAUCAUGGAUUUGUAUGAGCUGGGAGCGAGGAGAUUUUUGAUCGGCGGAGUUCCUCCGAUCGGGUGCACUCCGAACCAAAUAGCAAAUUCGGGGAACGACAUAGGCUCGUGUGUUAAUUCUACAAAUUGGCUAUCAUGUAGCAAGCUAUUCACUGCAGCUCUGGCAAAACUAAGGUACCUCUCCCCCUACCGAUUUUAUUGA